GUAAAAGUAGGUGAAGAAGGUCCAGAUGAAAAAAUUGCCAAGACGGUAGAACACCGGCUCCUACAGGAUUUGAUUUACAGCAAGAGUUACAGCAGAGAAGUCAGACCAGCUCUGCACAACAGCGAUGUGUUGAGAGUUCAGUUUUCUAUGAGCCUUGUCCAGAUCGUGGACGUGGUAAGUUUUAAAAAGUACAAAAAAGUAAAUAAUUUCAGGAGAUAGGGUUUUUCUUCAAGAUCUCAUUCCCUCUGAGGCAAUCGGAAGGAGCUUCUCGCCACGAAGAAGACUCACGGAGAUCAAUCUUGAUCACCGUUAUGUAACCAUGUCGGAAACUAGUGAGUUCUCGGUUCCUGUGAAAAUUUUUACGGAGUUCACGUCUAGCAUACAAGUCGAGGGAUAACUGCUCACUUCCUUUCCAGAUCCCUAGCUCAGCUCGACGUUUGUCGUUGAUACGUUCGUCUGCUUGACUAUCAAGACUUACUGUACGCACUCUAAGUUUCCCUCGAAACGUUGUAUACACAAUAUCAUUUCUGUCUUAUUUACGCGAAGCCUCAAGAUGUCCAAUUGAGCAUAUAGUUUCACUUGACGUGCAACAUGCUGCAACAUUUGUUUGCAACAUGUGCAGGCGGAACGGCCUUAAUUCAGCUUUUGGCCAUCAAAUAGUUUUGAAUCUAAGAUUUGCUUGGUUGAAGAUUCAAAGUUGCGUCACGCUAUUGUAUUUAAUGUGUCAGACUAAGUUUUAAGUGAGUAGAAGAUUUAACUACGGCUGCCCCGACUAUUUUUGGGGUUGACACACUCUAUUAUUUAACCACUCUACAUAAUUUUACAGCUUGUGUUUCUGCCGUUAUCGUUACCUAGCAUAACGUUUUUAUUAUUUUAUUGCUGAUUACUUAGCUCUUUUCGUUUUAAAUUUCAUAAUUCAACUUUUGAUACUUAAAGGAUGAAAAAGCAGAGACACUGAAAGUCAAUGCGUGGACAACACAGGUAAGUGUUUAUCAAUUAGAUACAGCUACAACACUGAAUAUGCUACCUUUACAAAAACUUUGAAUGAGAAAUAUAUUACUGCACAUGCAACUCGGCUAAAAGAAGCUAUGUUCAAUGCCAUGAUUAAAAAUUUUAUCCCCCUAUACGACAAAAAAUUAUGCCCGUUAGUAAGUAGCUGCUAAUCUUCCUCUAUUCAACAACAGCCAUCAUCAUGCAACCAGGGAAGAAAGGAAGCUCGUGAUGAACGUUGGGAAGAGGAAGAAAAGUAGAAAAGUUUGCUAUCAAUCGUUCUAUGCGCCCUUAAUUUUGAUUUCUGUUCCAUCCAGUCUAGUCUCUUUCUUCAUAGAGUGGAUACUUUCCCCAAAGUGCACAUAGUGAAAAAAAUAAAUGGAAUAAAAAAAUAAGCAUAUUGACAUAGCGACAAUUCAGUGCUUUUCUAAAAUUGUAUCAUCGAUGUUUUAGGAGUGGAAGGAUCCUUUCCUUACAUGGGAUCCAAAUUAUUAUGACGGGAUCACAGAAAUCAACGUUGAACCAGAUAUGGUUUGGUUACCAGUCAUUAUCCUUUACAACAAGUAAGGAAACAUCAAACCUGUCACAAAUGAAUAACGAGGUUAACAAAUUAAAGGGUUACUAUCAUAAAACAGAGACUUAAGUUAUUACAGUUCUUGUAAUUGUGUUUACAACUGAUGUCUUCUAGAAGUCAUCUUUCCGUUCUAUGUGCUAAAUUGGCAGCAUAAAUAACGUCACAUCUUCUAUAAAUCGAACAACGUCAUUGUAACUCGACCUAGAGAUAAUCUAUUGACAGUGGGUCGACGCAACUGACAAAUGAUAGUUCAAACUAUUUUGCCGUUAUAUCCAUAGAAAAUAUAAGGAGGAAAUAGAAGUGAUUAUUUUUCAAAAUUAAAGCACUUGGAUAUUGAAAAGUGACUUAGAAGUAGCUUUGGGUUGUACAACUUUGCUCUGUGAUUACGCCGAUUAAAAGAAGAAGAAAGCAGAAGACAAUUCUCAAAACAGGAAAUGAGCAGGAUGAACAGCUCAAAACAAUUCUUAUGGAUAGAAUUGGCGUGAAUCUCCUGAUUCCUCUGUAGUUAUAAUGACCAGUGGGGACAAGUAAAGGGAAAACAUGGUCAAGUGGUACAAACUCACCUGUGUCGUUUGCCAUAGACACGACUCUAAAUCUCUCUUUUCCCUAAUCCCUGUACGGCGUCUUCCCAGGCCUUCUCGGUCAAUACAUUCGGUGACGUAUCCGAGACGAACAGCCGCACCACUUGACCACGUGACCCGAAAUGAGGCCUAGGGCCCAGGCAAAGGCAGACAGACGGACAGACAAAGAGACAAGUAGACAGAGAGACAGACAGGUAGACUAAAACAAACAGACAAUGAUAAAAAAAGAUCCUUAGCAACAUCGAUUGAUAUGUGAAAUACAACACAAUUAUGGAUUAAAAUUUCUUAAUAUUUUGGUUUUACAGCGCCGCUAAGGGUUUUACCGGAGGUCUGGAAAAGUAUAAGACCAAAGUGGUGAUUGACAACAACGGUACAGUCACGUGGUUUGCUGCCACUCAGUUUAUCUCCUCGUGUAAACAGAACAUUCGUUUCUUCCCUUAUGACGAGCAGCACUGUUUCUUAAAAUUCGGGUGAGUAUAAUUAGUUAUGUAGGAAACAUUUCCAGCCAACAGUUUUUAUAACACUGAUACCCAGUCCUAAUCUAUUUGUGUUUGAAGUGAGAAGAGAUUGGAUACAAGUAACAGCAAUCUUUUCAACGACACGAUUAGUGCUUUAACUGAAUUCACUCGAUUGAAAACAAAGAAGAAGUCUUCCCCAAAUCCCAGCUUUUAUAUUUGCUUGCACUUUUGUGCUCUGAAAGGGGAAACCUGAAUUUCUUGUAAUGGCAGUUUUUGUCCCACGAAGGAACCUGAAGCUGAAGCUGAUAUUAAGGUCAAUUACGUCUUUUGAAAGUUGCCCGUAAAACAACGAAUUUAAAUACCUGUGUCAGUUAAACUUUGCCAGGAGUCAGUUGAACCCCAUCUAGACUUUCCGCUAUAAUCAAGGCAUAGAGCGCACAGCUUGUUACCACGUUUAGAGAAUCUUUAUAUUUUAUCUGCAGAUCUUGGACCUAUAGUACAAAGUUCCUGGACAUGUAUAAAACCCAACAGAAAGCUGACAUGUCCAACUACAUAAAAAACGGCGAGUGGGAAGUAUUGGAUGUCCCCGUGACAGAAAAUAAACUUUACUAUCACUGCUGUCCGGAUCCGUACUCCGAUAUAACUUUCACCAUCCACAUGAAGCGCAAGGUUCUCUACUAUCUGUUUAACCUGAUCAUUCCCACAACUAUCAUUGUUACUUUUAUUCUUGUCGGGUUCUGCCUUCCACCAAUCACUGGCGAAAGAGUCACGCUCAACAUUACAGUGCUUCUUACCAUGACGGUGUUCUUAAACAUCGCCUCCAAUACACUGCCAUCCACAUCCGAUAGUAUACCCCUGCUGGGUGACUACUACCUGAUUCUGAUGAUUCAGAACUGCUUCGCCAUUUUAGCCACGGUCAUUGUCCUGCGGUACUACUACGCUGGCCCAACGCGCAUGCCCGAACGCUUGCGCGUGAUAAUUAACGAGUGGAUAGCCUCUUGUCUGUUUUUUGUCAUUACCCAGAAGCCCAAGGGGAAGGGAAUCAGUCGCUGGUGUGGGAAACAAACCGAAGAAACCUGCUUCGACUGUGACGACACAGGCGAGUCCUUCAUCGUUCAUAACGGGAACAACACAACCGGGGAACGAAUUGCUUUGAUCGAACUUGGGCCAAAGAGCCCAAUCCCAAGGGCAAAUGGAAUAUUACACAAAGCACGAAAAACUUCGGGCAGUGGAUCACCGACCAAAUCAAAGAGCGAACCAGCCAUCAAUGCCCUCGUCGGUGAACACUCAGGUGCAUCAGAGAGGCGGAUGAGAAGGAGGAAGUUGCCCAUUAUUCCAAAACGGAGCAACACUCUGAACACACUGCAGAACAGAGUUUUAGAGGGCACCGGUGUACUUACCCGGCGAGUCAAAGACGAAAACCAACAAGCGGAAAUUGCAGAUGAGUGGGAGUUCGCGGCCAUUGUUCUUGAUCGGUUAUUUUUUGUGCUAUUUUUCCUGUCAAGUUUAGCUCCUCUCAUGGUUUUCUUCAUGUCUGCUCCAACUCCCAUUCCAAGUUUGGUGGAAUCACAAUAA